ACGUAUACCUGCCAUAGUCGAUACACUUGCUCCAUUCGGAGGGUUCGAAAGGUGAGGGUGGCGUCAUGCCGGCACUACUUGCGUCACUUUACGCUUAUGCUGGCGCUCCCCUGGAGCUCGAUCACUCGAUCAAGUACACGAACCAUCUAACAUGAUAUUUCGCGUACAUGAUCAUGCCAUUUUUGCGCAGAUAACAAACCCUCUAUCGUCGUCAAGUUAAGCGCAAUGGACCCCGAGAAUAAGAAAAAGUGUACUGAUGUCGUGGAGCAUUUCUUCAAGCUCGACAGCUGCGAGCCCUUCCGCGAGCGUGUCAACUGGGAGGAGUGGGGCCUGUACGACUAUUUACAGGUGGUCAAGGAGCCCAUGGACUUGGGCACAAUCCGCAGCAAAUUGAGCAAGAAUGAGUACAAGAAGCCGGCAGAAUUUGCACGUGACAUGCGUCUGGUCUGGAGCAACUGCAAGCUCUACAACCAGGACGGAUCCGACCUGUAUCUGCUGGCUGACGAGCUCGCCAAGAAGUUCGAGGACCGGGUCAAGACCAUGAAGCUGGACGUGGGUCCGGUGCCCAAGGCAGACAAGAGCAUUCCAGCCCCGAGUCUCGAGGAAAAGAUUUACUUUAGCCAGAACAUUUACAAGGUCAACCCCAAGGACCUGGGCGCCAUCGUGCAGCUGCUUGAAGAGCAGUGUCCGAAGGCACUGGACAAGAGCUCGCCGGACGAGCUGGACAUUGUUGUCGACCACAUCGACAACAAGACGUUCCGUGACCUGGAGAAGUUCGUGCUGGAGAAGGUGCCAGAGGGAAGCCGCGAGCCGAUCGCGACCCCCAAGUCCUCCAAGAAGUCUCGACGACCACCCAGCAAGAAGACCAAAACCGAUGCGUGAACAGUGAUGAAGGCAUUUUGAGCGUACCAGUAAGUAGCCUUGACUGCCGUUCUGGAUGCGACUGAAAUGAGGAUAAUGCGCGUGUAUUUAACCGCAUCCAGGCGUAGUGAACCCCUUGGCUACGUUGGAGCCACUCCUUAAUCUCUUACGCUUUGUACCUUUCCUUGACUGUUGAUUUGUCUAUUUCUUCUUUCGAAGCAUAGCUGCAAGCCGUGUCUGUCGUUGGAACAUGGCCUCAAAACUCUUCAUCUUUUGCUUUUGUGCAGGCUCUUCAAGUGCAUCUACAGGAGAUACACCGAUGGUGGGUUUACCCGUGAGUCUGCUGAAGUCUAACGCUGGGACAACCGGUGGUGACACAUCGGAUUCAUCUUCCAGGACUUCAGACUGGGCAAGAACCGCUGCUGACAGUUGUGAACCCGCCUUGGCGCGAGUGGAUUGCCAUUGAGAUGGUAUCAACUUCGGUUGAUUGGAUUUCAGCUUUGCUCCAGGAAGCGGUGCAACUGGCUGCAACUUUAGCAGCGGAAGGUUAACUUUUGACGAAUCUCCUGCCGGUUUCCGCUCUCGAGAUGAUGACGGACGACUUGAUUUUGGCUGGUCUUGAAGCGAUCGCUUGUAUUCAAGCAGUUCCUCCUUGUGCAACUCCAUCAGCUCCCUAGCCAUCAACACGUGUGAGACAGGAGGGCAAAUGAGUUGGGAAGGUUCACUUUGUUACCUGAGUGAAGGUUCGUCUCCAAUGGAGGUAUUCCAAUUGCCUCCGUGAACCUUUUUGCCUGCCUUCAUGAGUUUUUUCCAUUCCUGCAAUACACGUUGAAGUUAGUAGGCUGCAAAGUGAUCAGAGAGAUCAUAAAAACCAGUACCUUUUCGUCCCGGUGACUGGUUUCCACUCGAGACGUCACGAUCUCUUCGAGUUCGUCAUGAUAACGUAGUUGAUCUUCUCGAACGGCAAGUUGUUCUUUCAGCUUGUUGAUAUAUCGUCGAAGGUCUUCUUUGCGCUUUUCAAGUUGUUCGAGUACUCCUGUACUUGACUGUUGAAGUUGGAGGGAAGGAUGAUAUCCUAACGCCGCAAGCAAAAUUAUAGUCAACAUUUGUACCUGGUAUCUGGUUUACAUUUGCCUUCGCUAUUCUACGCACGUGUUCGCCGCUGGCGCUUGUGCAUGUGCUGCUGCAGGAAACCCAAGACGACGAACGCCACCAACACGCAGCCGAUUAUCAAACCGGGCAUGCUGAUCGUAGAUCCUGCUGCCCCGCGAAUGUUCGGCAUGGUACUGGUUCAGCACGAAGAGCGUUUAGAGACCAAUAGGGAAUAAACUCACGACAGUAAAUGCAUAAUGCAUUGAAGCAGCCGUAUUUUUAGUGGA